UUCCCAAUCUUUCAUUUCAAACUUCAAACCCUAACUUUCCAAACUAUUCUCUCACUUCCUCUCUUCUUCUCUCCCAACAACGGAUGACUGGAACAUCGGAGUCUACGAUCCACGACAACGACGGCCAGCGGAAACACCUCACAACGAGCGCAAACACUGGAGCACUGGACUCGACUUCACCCCUGUCUUCUCUCCCAAUAGUCCACAAUCUAUCUCACUACGGCGGAUGACGGACGACGAGCGCAAACACCGGAUUCGACUUCACCCCUAUUUCUAUUGUUGCAGAAAGAGGUUUUUGAUUUUUUUCGUUUUGAUUUCUUUAUUUUUUGAUCUGGUUAAAUGAGCUGUUAUACAAUGCAAGGAAAGGCUCAUUCCCAAGUCCCAACUGCUACAUAUCUUCCAAUUUUUUGUCUGUCCGAAUUCUUUGUCCAAUUUCCUAUUUAGUCAACUCUUAACUAAUUUAAGAGAUCUCCAACAAGUAGUAAGGGAAGGUUCUAAAAUUUGAUGUUUUUAGGCUUUUUUGUUAAUUAUGAUAGUUAGAAGACCAAGUUUUUUGCAGAGAGAUGACCAAGUCAUGAAUAGAGAAACUCCCUGUUUUUCCUUGUUCUAUUUAGCCCACUGAAUUUAAAAGCUUUUUGUUUGUAUAUUAUUAUAACUCCGUCUAAAAAUCAUAAAUUGUGCCCUCUACACACAGAAUUUAUCAACCGUUCCUUAUAUAGAACUAGUAUUGUUCUAACUUUACUCUUUUCCUUUCUUUUUUUUUUUAUUUUUUUCUGGGUUAUAUAGGAGAAAAGGGUUCUCUCUGUUCAGUUGCAGAAAUUAUUUGGUAAAUUAGAAUCACUUUGUUCCACAAUUUAGUAUACAAAAAAGACUCCAACUUUCUUCUUAUGAAUUCAAAGAAGACGACACAAAGAUUCCAAUACUGCAACAUUGAUGUGUACAAUGGAUUAUGAAAAGAAAUUGUUUUAUUCUAUGCUAGCUUGUGUUGAAUUCUUUUUUGGAUUACUUAAGGGAAUUACUGAUUUUUUACUCAGGGAACUAUUCCUGCCCCUAUACAUAAUCCGAGUAAUAUUUUAUGCUACAUUAGGUGUUUAGGAAUUACUCUUUAGGCAUGGAUUUGUUGUGAAGAUGUAUGUUAAAAUCUGAAUAAAUAUUUGAUUGUUAAUCGUUAAUUCUUUAUUCUCAAUUCUCAUAUGUACUCAUCAUAUAUGUUAAAUUUGAAUAAAUAUUUGAUUGCAUAUUAUGUAGGUACUUGAUAUUAUUAAAAAAUGGUUAGAAAAAAUGAUAAGUUUUGGGAACAUGUACAACAACUUGGGCCGAGCCAUUUUAAAUGCAAUUAUUGUGAACUUGACUACUCUGGUAGUGUUACUCGAGUGAAGGCUCAUUUGGCUUGCUUGACUGGCCAUGAUGUUCAAAUUUGUACUAAAGUCCUUGACCAUGUUCAAGCUGAAGCCAGUACAGAAAUGAAUUUGAGUGCAUCUAAAAAGAAAAGGAUGAAUGAAACCCUAGAAAGUGGAAUUGGCUCCACAAAUUCUUAUGGUAGGAGCAUUCAUCAAACCACAAUGGUAAAGUUGGCUGCUAAACAAGACAAGAAGUUAUUAGAAAAGAUGAUAGGAGAAUUUUUUGUUAAGAAUAACAUUUCUUUCAAUGUUAUUCUGACAGAAUCUUUUAUUCAAAUGAUGAAAGGUGCUUGUGCCUAUGGUCAGGGUUUUGUUAUUCCUAGUUACUCUACUCUUCGUACCCGUUUGAUUCCUGAAGCUAAGGUAGAGAUCAUGGAAUAUGUGAGCAACAUAAAGUCAACAUGGGAUGGCAGAGGUUGCAUAAUAAUAUCUGAUUCUUGGACUGACCUAAAGAAGAGGUCUUGGGUCAAUGUGAUAGCUUAUUCUCCUGAUGGGGCUGUAUUCCUAAAGUGUAUUGAAUGUGGUUCAAAUAGUAUUACUGCUGGAUAUCUUUUUAGAGAAAUAUCUAAUGUUAUUGAAAUGCUUGGACCACAAUAUGUUGUGCAAUUUGUUUCAGAUAAUGGUGCUAACUAUAAUUGUUGUGGUUAUAUGUUAAUUGAAAAAUGGUCUCACAUGUAUCGGACAAAUUGUGCUGCACAUGGGAUUAAUUUGUUUUUAAAAGAUAUCCAUAAGCAUGUUAGAUGGGUGAGGGAAAUUAUUAAUGAUGGUAAAUAUGUAGUGGAUUAUAUGCACAGGCACACACCUGUUAUAGCCUUAAUGAGGGAAUUCACAAAUGACAAAGAGAUUAAGCAACAUUGCAAGACAAGGUUUGCUACUAAUAUUUUAAUGCUCCAAUCUCUUAUUGUAGUUGAGAAUGAGUUAAGGCUAUUGGUUGCAUCAUCUGAAUGGAGAGGUUUCCAUUGCAAUAGAGUUGAAAUAGCAUUAAAGACUGUGAGGAUAAUUCAAUCUAAUAUAUUCUGGGAAGGGGUAAAGGAGAUUAUUACUUUUAUGGAUCCUCUCAUUAGGAUUCUUCGCCUUGUUGAUUCAGAUGGUUCCACUGUAUGCUAUUUGUAUAAAGCAACUGUUAGGGCAAAAGAAAAAUUAAGGAAGUUAAAGGAGAGUGAUGGAGUAAAGUACUUUACCAUAUUGGAUUUGUUUGAUAUAAGGGUGGAAAAGAAUAUAAUUCAUCAUGUUCAUGUGCUUGCUGCAGCUUUAAAUCAUAAUAAUUUGUUUGAUGGUGGACUUUUUAUUGAGACGAGUACAAUUGUGCAAGCUCAAGAAUGUAUUGUGACAACCAUGAUUCCACAAGAAGAUCGUGAGUAAUUCACUGCAGAAAUGGUUGAGUAUUGAAUGAGGAGCCCAAAUUUGUUCAAUAUCACAGGAAUUUCUUUAAUGAAAACUAACCAUCCAAGGAUUUGGUGGGAAUAUAUGGGUGGUUAUCUUCCUGUGGUUCAGAAGGUUGCUUGCAGAAUCUUAAGCCAACCUUGUAGUUUCUCUCCUUGCGAGAGGAAUUGGAGUGCUUGGGACGCAGCACAAACAAAGAAGAGGAACAAAUUAACUCUAGAAAUAUUAGAAGAUUUGGUAUACAUUAGAAUGAAUUCUUUGAUGAAGGAGAAGUAUGAAAGCUGAGCAAUUCAGGAUACAAAACCUAUUGACCUAGAGAAACUUUGUGACUUGCCUGAUGUAAACAUUGAGUUGGAGACAGAGAGACUUGAAGAGACAUAUGUUGAACCUAUUCAUGAUCAACUUAAUUCUAUAUUAUGAUACAUUUGUGUUUUUGUUUUAAUGAAAUAGGAUGAUGUAAUUUGGAUGAUACAUUUUAGAUUAUGUAAUUUGGAUGAUGAUUUUGGAUAUUUGA